AUGGAACAUGAUGAUGAAUGCAUAACGGGGCUAUGUCUUGGACUGGGAAUGGGAGGGCAUGUGCCAAAAAAGGAGAAGCAGAAAGUGAAUAAGCCUAUGGCUCCCCUAGCGUUUGAGCUUUGUCCAAAAAGGGAAGCCAUGAACGUGAAUAAUAACGAGGAAGACAGAUUCAAUUUGGAGAGAAUCCAUGAGGGACACCACUACCUCAAUGCAAACAGCACUGAUUCUGAUAACACCAACAAUAUUAACGGUUGCAGAAAGAAACUGAGGCUUACAAAGGAACAAUCAGCCAUGCUUGAAAACAGCUUCAAGUUCCAUAGCACUCUUAAUCAAACCCAGAAACAAACACUUGCUAACCAAUUGAAUUUAAAGACUCGACAAAUUGAAGUUUGGUUUCAAAACAGAAGAGCAAGGACCAAGCUGAAGCAAACAGAGGUGGAUUGCGAGUUGUUGAAAAAACACUGUAAAAAUCUAAGCGAUGAGAACAGAGGGUUGAAGAAGGAAUUGCAGGAACUACGUGCACUUAAAGUUGGAACAUCGCCCUUAUACAUUCAACUUUCCAAAACGGCAACUAUGACUAUAUGUUCUUCAUGCGAGAAACUAAAGAAGCUCAAUUAAGGAAAGAACAAUGUUGGCAUCUCAGAUGUUAUCCGAAACAACAGCCACAAAUUACAGAGCAGCAUAGAGUUAAUUA